AUGCCGAAGAAGCCGCAGCACCUUAGUCUGGCCGCCAACAUGGUCGGCGGAUACGGAAGCGGCCCCAGCAAGCCCAAGUACAGUCUGACCCUGCACAACAACAAGCUCGCCGCAGGAGGCAGCGGCGGCACAAGCGUAAACAAACAUCUGCGCGAUGGUCACCUGCAGCGCCAGCAUCUUAAGGCCAUGGAAGGAGUUAUGCCCGCCGAGGAUGUGGUGGGCGUGCACCUGAAGGCCACUGCGAAGGCAGCGGCUGCCACUGGCGAAGCUUCGAGCAAUAUCACCAGGUCGAUGGGGGAAAGCAUCGUUGAAAAAGAAGAACCUAAAUACGGAAAUGACAAUGAACAGGGAAGCGGAUUGGCAAACGGUGUCAUGAGGGCACAAAGCAACAGGCUGUGGUAUCAUUGAUGAAAACCCCAUAUUGAACGGAAUUAAGUGAGAUCGUCUGCACGGAGAUCCAAAUGCUAAUGCCACCAUAACUAAGAGAAGGAUGUUACUCUGGAAUUAUAUUCACCGACUUAAUGCCGUCGGCAAAAUGUCGAAUCUGACACAGAGUCGCAAAGUUGGAACUAGAUUUAAGCCCAACAAUUGAACCCACUGAGCAAACGAUAAACGCAGCGAAUCGAAAUCGAAAUCGAAUUGGAAAGAAAGUCGCCUAUCAAUCAUUUAUAGAGUAAGGUCGAUAAUAUGCCAACACUGUACGUAGGUAAUGGAGAAUGCUAGAAACACCCUGUAAAUAUAGAAGUCUAGGAAUCGGUAGCGAACAACACGCAUACGAGUAUACACACAUGCAUCAUGCAGGCAUGCAUACAUACAUAAUAGCGAGCGAAUUAAAUUUCAAAGAGAAACCAGGGCGUCUAUUGUGUAUCAUGCUUUACUCAAGAGAAACAUUUAGACGAAUAAAGAGAAUAUUGAGACGAA